AUGGAUGACAUGCCUAGAGGUGGCGGUGACUACUAUUCCCGGCCAUUGAGUCCGUUGUAUGAGACGGAGUGGAAGUAUAGGUCGAGGAGUCGGUCGCCAAUCGAUUACCGGAGAAGCGAUAGGAGUGGUGACGACAGACGGGAUGAGAGGCAGAGAUCUCUGUCGCCCGAGAACUGGAGGAACGAUAGGAGCGAUAGGUGUGACCGACGGGACGACAGAUACAGAUCGCUGUCGCCCGAGAACUGGAGGAAUGAUAGGCGCGACGACAGACACCGAUCCCUAUCACCGCCACACGACUCCCGGAGCCGCCGCAGCACCCGAAGUGUGACACCGUUUUAUAAGGACAGCUAUAAGUAUAAGACAAAAAAGCCGGACACCCGGCGCUCGCUAUCGCCCACGGGUGGGGACAGGCGUGUGAGGAGGAGUCGCUCAGAUCGGUGCCAAUCCAUGGAACCGAUAGAUAAGCAACAGUUGUACGAAAUCGCGAGAAAUAAUUUGAUAAAAAUGAUAGAAUCGGGAGAUUUGCCGAAAGGGACGGACGUUAAUAAACUGCGGUUACGACACCUCCGGGAGCUGACGACCCAGAAGUCGGUACAGCAGUGGACGGAGUUCUGUAGAGCCAUAUCGGCGCUCGAGGAGGCCGUCAGCUCCGACUCGGACCUCGACUCGGACUACGACUCGGACGCCGGGACGACACCGGCGCCGGUAGCCGAGGGCAGCAUCUUCUCGAUCAGACACCCGUUUAAACUCAAGGAGCGGAAAGACAUCCAAAUACACGUCCGGAACUUCAAUCAACUGCCGAGUCGUACGGCUAAGGAAAUGGCGCUCGAGUUGAGGGAACAGUUCCCGGUGUCCAGUGGUAACCAACACCGGCGUAAGGAACUGGAGUGGCAUGAAGUGCCCGAUUCCGAGGCUAUGCCGCCGCCGCCCCCACCCCCUCUCCCUAAGCCCAAGAAAAGUGAGCCCAAAGCGAGUACAUCGACAGCACCGGUAGGGAUACCGGGGGCUGAUAUCGCCGAUGAUAUACAGAAGGCGUUCACAUUCAUACAGACAACGAGAACCGAUGCCAAUGUGUCGGUGCCGGCGACCCCUUCCUCCUCAGCGACGGUUCAAUCGGCGGCCGACUCGACGACCACUGAGACGAGUGGUGAAAGUGAGGCGAAAAUAACUAGCGAUUCGGUGUUCCCGCAGUCGGCGAUGCCGAUAGACAUCGGCUCAGUGAUGGCCCAGAGGUUGAACGCGAUGCGCAAACUCGAGGCCGACCCCCACAACGUCGUGGCGCUCAAGCAAAUGUACCAGGCUAACCAAAUGAUGACAGAGUGGGCGGAGUCUAAGAUAGUCCCGGGACAGUUCAUCGGCAGUACCGGCGCUAAUGUGCUGACACCGGAACAGCUGAACGGCGCCUGUAAUGCGUGGACACGAAAGGAUCAGCUCAAGACUGCGGCGCCCAUCACGGGAGGGGUCGGUAUGCAUCUACUGAUGCGUAUGGGUUGGUGUCCGGGCCAGGGGUUGGGUAAGAAUAAUGAGGGGCCGGUCGAC